AUGCUUACCAACCUCCUUCUCCCUGCCCUCUUGCUCCUGGCGGGCGUCGAUGCCAGUCCAGUCGAGCUCGACGAGCGGCAGCAAGCCCCCUGCCAGUCCGUCCAGGUCUUCAUCGCCCGCGGAUCCACGGAGCCCUACCCCGGCCGCCAGGGCGCUCUGGCCAACGCCAUCUGCAGGAACAACCCCAGCUGCGGGUACCAGGACAUUGUCUACCCGGCCACGUUUGAGAACUACUGCAGCUCCGUCCAGGCCGGCGUUGUUUCCGGCGCCGCUCUGAUCACGGCCUACGCUGCCCGAUGCCCCAACAGCAAGCUCGUGCUUACGGGUUACUCUCAGGGGGCUCAUCUGGUUGGAGAUAUCCUUGGUGGUGGCGGUGGCAACCUUGGCAGCUGCACUCAGGCUACCAGCUCUGGGCUCAACCCGGCAACCUCUCCUGGAAACAAGAUCGCUGCCGCUCUCCUCUUUGGGGACGUCCGUCAUACGGCCAACCAGGCCUACAACACCGCCACCGGAGCUUCUCGCAACGGAAACUGGCCUCGCUCCGGAGCCCAGCUUGCGUCGCUGAACCGUUUCUCCUCCGUCCUCCGAUCCUGGUGCCUUGUCGGUGACCCCGCUUGCGCCGGUGGCACUGACCCCAAUGCACACACCUCCUACUUCAACGUCUUUACCAACGAAGCGGCUGCUUGGGUCCAGACUAAGCUGUGA